CUUUCUUCCGUCUCUAGUCAUCUUCUUCGUCGUCUUCUCAAAUUAGCUUCCUUUCUUUAUCUUCAUCCUCAUUGUGGAUAUUAAUCCUCCUUGACUUUUUUGUCUUGUUUUCGAAUCUAGGGCUUCACGGCUCGUUUGGAGAAUUAUCCUAAUACCUCGUGGUGUUUUUUUCUUUCCGGCAACAAAGUUUCUGAGAUUUUUUCAAAUCGAGAUUCGAGAAUUAGGGGUUUUCCGUUGGGUUGUAGGGUUACGAAGAGCAUAAGAUAAUAAUGCCUUCGGUGCCCUCUAAGCUACUCCUUCUUCUACUUUUGAUACCUUCGUUGACUCAGUAUCAUUCUGGUUUGUCGUGUCAUCGUCUUAAACCUCUUGAAAAGUCUGAUUGGCGUGGUAAUCUUAGUUAACACUCCUAUCUUCUUUUUCUUCUUAUCUGCUCUUUUUUACCCUUUUCUUGUCUGGUUCUUGAGAUUCUCCCAGCUCGAUCUUUGUUUUUUUUUUUCGUUUUUUUGGCGUUGCUUGAUUUGCAAGUUACAAACCACAAAGUUACUAUUUCUAGUGGGAUAUGAGCUCUGUUUGUGGUAAGUUGGAUUUCAAAGAUGCAGACUUUGACAUCUCCACGAAAUGCUCUAAUGGCUCGGAGCAUUCCUCUCAUGCUGGAUCUGAAGAGUCUCUGGAGUCUGAUGGAGAUGAAACUGGUUAUAUACACCAAACUGCGAAUGAAGAAUACACUGAGAAGAAUUUAGACAAAACUACUUUAGGUUCUUUACCUCUCAAGUCUUCAUAUGUUGAAGACAAGGAUGAGAACAUUACCACUCAGACACCAGUUGUUCUCAUCCCGGCCAUAAAAGGCAGCCGGGAGAAGCAUGGCUUGUCACUGAAGAAGUUUAGUGUUUCAUGGGCGGAUGACGUGUACGACCCUCCUCCUUCCAUAGCCUCGCACACAAGAAACAAGAAGCAACAUCAGCAGCAGAAGUCCAAGAGCAAAGACAACCACAAGAAAACCGGAAAGAAAGGUCAGAAGAACUCUUCCUCCCGUAGUGCCAAGGACAAGAAGCAAGCUGCUCGCAAACACAGUCGCGAGAAAUUUGAUUGGGUAACUCAGAUGCCUAUUGUUGCAGCAUCUUCUUGAAUGGCAUUGGCACAUCUAUGAGCUUGGCUCCCUCUUUGUCUAAUAAAUAAUCAAAUCUCCUUUUUGUGUGUGUGUUUCAUGAUUCACUUAUGGGUAAAUGGUUGAUCCUAAAGCACUAUUGUGAAGACUUUGUUUAAGUUUGGUUCUUGUUUUCUCUUUUUGUAAUUUUAGUUUCACCUUUGUGAAAUAUAACCCAAUGCAACUUUGUUAUUUGAAUUGACGUUGUCUUAUUUGAA